UAGCAGCAUACUCGCACUUAUAAAUAGUUGUGUGUGUUCUCUCACAAAUCUCAGCCAUCGGAGCCUCCCGAGUCCCGAAUCAAAAAUGGCGGUGCCGUUGCUCUCGAAGAAGAUCGUGAAGAAGAGGGUCAAGAAGUUCAAGAGGCCCCAGAGCGACCGCAAGAUCUCCGUUAAGGAAAACUGGCGCAGACCCAAGGGUAUUGAUUCUCGUGUGAGGAGAAAGUUUAAGGGAUGCACGUUGAUGCCAAAUAUUGGUUACGGGUCUGACAAGAAGACCCGACACUAUCUCCCUAAUGGUUUCAAGAAAUUUGUUGUUCACAAUGUUAAGGACUUGGAGCUACUCAUGAUGCACAACAGGACCUACUGUGCAGAGAUUGCACACAAUGUAUCAACAAGGAAGAGGAAGGAUAUAGUAGAGAGAGCUGCCCAGCUUGAUGUGGUAGUGACAAACAAGACUGCCAGGCUACGCAGCCAGGAGGACGAGUAGACAUUCAAUUAAUGUCUUUUAUGUAUUUGUGAUCUUUAGGUUUUUGACCGGUAUUUUUAUUUGUUCAAAACAAUUUGUAACAUGGUAUACAAUUAAAGAUGUUAUUUCGCAUUUUGUUUA